AUUUAGUCCAAAUCAAAUUGGUUCAAGUAGGAAAAGUGCGAACAUAGAAAGAAGAACCAAAACUCUUUCAAGAGCACACGUGAUUGUUUUGCUCGAUUAGAUACACCAACACACCAUUAAAAUCUUUCGUCCUGCAGUCUACAACACACCAAACUACGGAAUCAAAGAUCAAGGGUUUAAUAAUAUCUUUCGUUCGUUUCUAAUUUUAAGUCUAUAGAUUUUUGUCGCACAUUCAAUAUGAUCUUCUCUUUGAAGCAAUCCAAUGUAACGAUUCCUGUAUUCAGCUCUAAAAUUAUUGAUCACCGAAGAAAUCAUCCUGAACAAUUCUCGGUUUUACCGCCUCUUUCUAAUCCCAAAGCUAGCAAAAUUUCCAUCGUCUCAAAUUCAAAACCACUACAUGUUUCCUCAAUUCAAACUUUUGGAUCAUUACGAACACUAUUAUAUGCUGGUCGGAGUCCAAAAUCUAGUGUCGCGUGUAACGCAUAUGAAGCUGAUCGAUCUGAUGCGGAAGUAGUUGGUGAGAAAAUCGAAGCAGCAAGGAGGGUUAAGAUCGGUGUUUAUUUUGCAACAUGGUGGUUUUUGAAUGUUAUUUUUAACAUUUAUAAUAAGAAGGUUUUGAAUGCUUUUCCAUACCCAUGGUUGACUUCAACGUUGUCUCUUGCUGCUGGAUCAGCCAUCAUGUUGAUCUCUUGGGCUACAAAAGUCGCUGAAGCACCCAACACCGAUCUCGACUUCUGGAAAUCCUUAUUCCCUGUUGCAUUAGCACAUACAAUUGGUCAUGUUGCAGCAACUGUUAGCAUGUCUAAAGUUGCUGUUUCAUUCACACACAUAAUCAAGAGCGGUGAGCCUGCUUUUAGUGUGUUGGUGUCAAGGUUCAUAUUGGGAGAAACAUUCCCUUUGCCAGUUUACUUGUCUCUUAUACCAAUCAUCGGUGGUUGUGGCCUUUCUGCCCUAACUGAACUCAAUUUCAACAUGACUGGGUUUAUGGGUGCCAUGAUUUCGAAUUUGGCGUUUGUGUUUAGGAACAUAUUUUCCAAAAGAGGCAUGAAGGGGAAAUCUGUUAGUGGGAUGAACUAUUAUGCUUGUUUAUCUUUGCUAUCACUUUUGAUUCUUACACCAUUUGCAAUUGCUGUUGAGGGACCUAAAAUGUGGGCUGCUGGAUGGCAGAAUGCCAUCUCUGAAAUUGGACCCAAUUUCAUUUGGUGGGUGGUAGCACAGAGUAUCUUCUAUCAUUUGUACAAUCAGGUUUCAUACAUGUCACUUGAUGAAAUCUCUCCUUUGACGUUUAGUGUUGGGAACACAAUGAAGCGUAUAUCUGUCAUUGUUUCUUCUAUUAUCAUUUUCCAUACACCCGUGCAACCAGUCAAUGCUCUUGGAGCUGCAAUCGCUAUCCUUGGAACUUUCUUGUAUUCUCAGGCGAAGCAGUGAAAAAAACGAAGGACGGAAGUGGAAAUUCACGAGGUUGUCUUGUAGUGUUGAUAUUGGUUUAUUUACAUCCAUGGUUGUCUUGUAGCUGUUGAUGUUGUAGAUAAUAAGAAUGGAUGAGUAUUUAUUUUACUUAGAUAUAUUCCUAUGUUAUAGAAAGGAUUAGACUUUUUUGCCCCCGAUGUUGUGGGUGCUAGUAGUGAACUGAGUUCUGUUUUUCUUUUCAAUAAACAUGGGCAAAUUGGGCAACAAUUUUGUCAUGACACAACCUUGCUCGGUCUUCGUAUAAUGGUAUCAAUAUUUGUUUGCAGUAAUAAGAUAAGCGUUUGUUUUGGGGA